CACAUCCCUUCCUCCGCGUUUCACAAGAUAUUCCAAACGCAUUGCUGUUUAUCGGCAGCGGAGGGUAAUGGCAGAGGAGAGAAGCUGAGCCCGUUCAGAUUCGGCCAUUUUCGCCUUACCCUCAGAAGCUCUAAAUCGUAUCCGUCCCCACUCUUUGCAGCCGCCCGUCUCUCUUCUUUCCCCUGGUGUUUUGUCGUGCAUCGCAGAUUGCUGAAGAUUACUUACUCAGUUACUCCUGCGUACUCUCCAAGACCCUAAGCUCUAGGUUCUGACUGAUUGAUCUCCUUGUCAAAAUUGAGUUUGGUGCUCGCUGAUAAUAAGGGUUUUGAGAUUGGCUUCAUCAGUGGAGAAGGAGCUGAGCAAAAUGAGCAAGUAUGGCUUAAACCUCAGGCAUGCUCAAAAGAAGCAGCCAGUUAGGUCUCCCCUGGCCACUCCUUUUGGCUUUAGCAAUGAUGAUGAGAAUGAUGUUGAGAAAGAAAUUGCUCGACAGGCUAGCAAAAAUAAGGCUCUCAAGGAAAUUGAGGAGCAGCAAAAGAAAGCAUUGGAAGAAGAUCCGACUGUAUUUGAUUAUGAUGGAGUUUAUGACAAAAUGAAACAAAAAAUUGCACGUCCACUGGUUCAAGACCGUGAGGAAAGAAAGCCAAAAUACAUUCGAACUCUUAUGCAAAAAGCAAAAGAGCGGGAGCAGUAUCGUGAUAUUGUUUAUGAGAGAAAGCUUGCUAAAGAGAGAAGCAAGGAUGAUCAUCUCUAUGCUGACAAAGACAAAUUUGUCACGGAAGCUUACAGAAAGAAACUUGCUGAACGGGAGAAACAGAUGGAGUUAGAACGCUUGCGUGAACUACAAGAGGAGAGAGACGAUGUUACAAAGAAGAAGGACUUUUUGCUUGAUUUUUACUCAAACCUCGAUAAAAAUAUAGCUUAUGGUGCAAAAGAUGCCAAGGGGAAGAAGCAUGAGGAUCAGGCUGAAGCAAGAAUUCCAGAGACACGCCAGGCAAUGACUGCAGAUCCAUUAAAUCAACAUCAAAAUGAUGAAUCAUUAGAAAGAGCACAACAAUCGCUGAAUAACUCAUCUUCUGGACAAGAGAAUAAUGGCGAAGGGGGAACUUCUAAUCCUUCUGACAGAAGUAUCGACCCCUUGAGUAUGAAGCCAAGUCACGAGGCUUCUCUUGAAGGAGGAGCUCCUGCAAACCAGUCAUCAUCAACUUCUGAACCAAAGCCUGAUCAUCAUAAGAGAACUCACGAUGCUCUUGCUGCAGCGAAAGAACGCUUUUUGGCACGGAAAAGAGCAAAAGAACAGUGAAAUUCUUUGGGCUUGUGCUUUGUUUAUGGCAUCUGGUGCUCUGUCCAUGUGGUCGGUUGUCCAAAUAUCAUUUCUAUCACAUAUCCGUGAUAUUAUAUCUGAUAUCUAGUCAUGGAUUGAAUAGAUAGCAGUUUCUGGUAUCUAUAAAUUCUGUCACAUAGUAAUCUGUUUUUUUCCUUCCAUCUUGAGUUAUCUGUUGAAAUGGAUGGAUCAAUUUUAUAAGAGCUAACAAUGUAUCUUCACU